ACACAAACUCGGUUCCUGGAAGGAGUGACGACUGAAUGUUCAUGUUGGGUUAAUAAUUCUCGCAGGCUGUGCUAGUCCUGUCGUCACAGCUGACAGAAAGCAGGGUGGACUUCUUGUUCUGGGUCAUCAAAGGAUUUUGUCUGAAUUCACAGUAAAACGGACUGUUAAGAGAAGUGCUGGUCGAGACUGAGAAUGGCUGCACUGCGUCGUCUGACACAGUACCCACCCAGAGGCAUGGCUAUCUCUACUCUUCACACAAGCAGCUGUGCCUCUGCCAAACAGCAUUACAAAAUGCUGGUGCUUGGAGGAGGAAGUGGGGGCAUUUCAAUGAGUGCACGAAUGAAACGGAUGAUGGGAGCGGAGAACGUCGCUGUUGUGGAGCCCAGUGAGAUGCACUAUUAUCAGCCAAUAUGGACCCUGGUUGGUGCUGGUGCAAAAACUGUAGCAUCAUCAGGACGCUCCACCGCAAGUGUAAUGCCCUCAGGAGUCAAAUGGGUGAAAUCUAAAGUUCAGGAAAUAAACCCAGACACAAAUACUGUUCGCACAGACGAUGGGACUGAAAUCUCCUAUGAGUAUUUGCUUGUGGCUCUUGGAUUACAACUCCAUUAUGAGAAGAUCAAGGGACUGCCAGAGGGGUUUGAACAUCCAAAGAUUGGGUCAAACUACUCAGUCCAAACUGUGGAGAAAACAUGGAAAGCACUGCAGAACUUCAAAGAGGGCAAUGCUGUCUUCACUUUCCCAAAUACUCCUGUGAAAUGUGCUGGAGCUCCACAGAAGAUCAUGUACCUAUCAGAUGCCUUUCUCAGAAAGACAGGAAAAAGGGAAAAGGCCAAUAUAAUAUACAACACAUCGCUACCUGUGCUCUUUGGGAUCAAGAAAUACGCUGACUCACUGUGGGACAUUGUGAAACAACGUGACCUACAGGUUAACCUGAGGCAAAACCUGAUUGAAGUGCGGGCGGACAAGCAAGAAGCUGUGUUUGAAAAUCUUGACAAACCAGGCGAAACCAAAGUGAUUGAGUAUGAAAUGCUUCACGUCACUCCACCGAUGGGACCUAAUUUGGUGAUUAAAGGCAGUCCACUGGCCGACGAGGCUGGCUGGUUGGAUGUCGACAAAGACAAUCUCCAGCAUAAGAGGUAUCCAAAUGUGUUUGGGAUUGGAGACUGUACCAAUCUGCCCACAGCCAAAACUGCUGCUGCAGUCGCUGCACAGACUGCUAUCUUGAACAGAACCAUCAGCAAAAUACUGAAAAAUGAGAAGCCAGAUAAGAAGUAUGAUGGCUACACUUCAUGUCCCUUGGUUACAAGCUACAACACAGUAAUUCUGGCAGAGUUUGACUACAAUGGACAACCGCUGGAAACCUUCCCCAUCAACCAAGCCAAAGAAAGAAGAAUAAUGUACCACAUGAAAGCUGAUUUAAUGCCUCAUCUCUAUUGGCACGGGCUUCUCAGGGGCCUGUGGGGUGGACCAGGACCAUACCGGAAACUCCUUCAUCUUGGGAUGAAAUGAAAGCUCACUCAGUUUGCAUGUUAAGGGUUACAUGUCCUAAACCACUGGAGGAAAAAGCACAUGAAAUUCUCUAAAGGGUGAUCACAUGUGUGGCUAGUGCAGUAAUAUUUAUAGCCUGGAUCUCAUGACUAAAUUAAAACAAGUUGGAUCAACUUACAGUUAAUAUUUAAAUAUCAGGGUCCAUUUAAAGCUGCAUUGAGUGUUACUUUUGAUAUUACUGUGGAAUAAAUUACUCCUUGCGGAGAGUUGCUUGUAGUGCAGUAAACACAGAUAAUUAAUGCUUUUAGCUACUUGUUGGUAAAUUAUUUUUGUACUUUUGGCAUAUUGAAUGUAAGAUCUUGCUAAUGUCAUCAACCCUAUUAUCUAACCAGAAAUUAUAUUUUUAUAGGAGCCGAACAAAAGAUGUACAAUAUUCUUAUUCCACAUUGAUGGCCAGUUGAUUUCACUAAAACCCCACAGCCAAGCUGUUGUUAGCUGGACUUUUGCUUUACUUAACUUCUCUGUAGUUAGUAUAAACUCCAUGUAGCCCAGGUUCAUCUGAUGAAGUGACCCUCUUUUCUUUUUCUUUUGCCAUUUAUGUGCAAACUGUAGCAAAGCAAAAUUGACAUUGAUGUUAGAUAUGGGAGAAAAUCACCUGUAAUUAUUGUCUUCCAGUCACACAGAAGUCACUGUGUAUACAGAAACCAUUUUAGGAUUUUAAUAGUCCUCAAGUCUGUUUCAGUCUAGCAUCCAAUCUGUGAUUUUUUUAAACAAUCAUUUGUGCUACCAAACAUUUUUGAAGAGAUGUUGUGUUUGGGAAAGCUUGACAUUUAACAUGCAAAGUAGCACACGUUUUUCUUACUAGUAAACAUCAAUGUCAGAAAUAGUGUUUUGUAAAUAUUGAUUAAUUUUACUAUGAGUGCUAAACAGAAUUAUAAACAUCUUAUACAGUCAGUGCUUAUAUGAAAAAAAAGAUUAAUUAUGCUUUAAUCAUUAAAUGACUGUGUACACUACUACAAUAAUGAUGGUGUUGAAGUACAAACUGAAGUUGUUGAUGAAAAAAUCAGAAAUAUAUAAUCAGUGUAGUUUCAACCUUGUUGGACUUAAAUUAUUACAAUAUUACAACAGCAGGA